AUGGCCACCUCAAGUACUGGGAAAAUGCAGUAUGAGCUGCAUGACCGACGGCUGACCUUGCAGGCGGUCCCUCAGGAUCUUCACUUACACAUCCACAUCCACAGUGACUCCUCUAGCAAAACCCCCAUCAUCACCCCCAAGUGGCCCAGGAGUGCAUCCAUCAAUGAAAUCCGAAGUCGCUCCCCAGCCCCACCCCCACAGGACCCUCCAUUCCUGACCAUUGCAGGCUCUUCCUCACUCGGCCCCAAGCCCCAGCCAAGCACCCCCAGCCCCCCAAACGCGGUCCCCGGACCGCGCCGCCCCCACGCCCCGCCCCGCCCAGCAGGGACCCGCGCCUGCGCCGCGGGACCGUGCCCCGCCUACUCCCGGUCCUCCUCGCACCCGGCUCCGGAGCCAGUGGGCGCGUGCUCCGGGGUCAGCGCGGGGCCCGCACGGACACCGAGGCCGCACCAGCCGCGCAGCCUCGCCGCCCCGCCCCCGCCGCACACACCCUUCGGCUCCGGCCCACAGCGGCGGGACUCACGCGGCCGACGGCGGAAGGGCGAGCGCCGAACUCCAUUUCCCAGAGUGCGGCUCGCCCCGAACUACAUCUCCCAGAGGGCUCUGCGGCGGGCGUCUGCGGACGGCAGGUCGGCGGUUUCCGGUUGUCGGGCUCUCCGCGCGCCCUGGGGCUUCUUGCGUCGGGGCCCCCGGGGCCUGUGGGCUGCGCCGCCGGGAGCAUGCGCGGGGGCGCGUGUCGGCGGGUCCGGGGAAGCUGUGUGCGGCCGGUCGUCCGUGCCAGGUCGAAGCCCUGCGCGCGUGGUGUCGGCAGGUCCGGGGACGUGCCGCCCACAGCGCCGACAGACGGAAUUUUAUCGAUUUGACAGAGACACAGGCAGGCGGAGAGGGGGAAGCAGGCUCCGCGCGACGCGGGGCUCGAUCCCAGCGCCCGGGAUCACGACCCGAGCCGAAGGCGGCGGCUCGUCCCACGGAGCGCCCCAGGCGUCCGGGCGCCCCGCGACGAGCCCGUUUAAAAAAACAGAAACAGAAUAAGCUCCCGCUAGCAGUUUCUGUCCGACGGGGAGGGCGCCCUCCGGAGGUCGCCCGACGCGCCCUGCCGUCCUGCGCCCCGGUCCCGCU